CAUGACAUUUCCUUCACUUCCUUGCAAAUUCUUCAAUAACUUUUGCAUUCUCUUAUCUCUCCCUUGCAAAACAAGAAAUUUAUUAUAAUUAUGGCUUUACCAGGACUUCACCUUUAUUCAUUCUUCAUCAUCAUUUCUUUUGCUAUUAUUCCUUAUUAUCAUUGCUUGCAAGGAGACACCCUUAAUGAAUACCUUCAAGAAGAAGGUGAUGAAGAAUUUGGGUAUGAUUUUCGAGCUUAUCCUUCUUAUUUUAACUCCAUUAUUGAGGAUGGCCAGUUCAAGGACUUCAUCAAGUUAAGAUCAACUAAUAUUCUUAAUUUGAAGGUAUUUGAUGAUCAAGUAGGUAGCAUAUCAACUUCAGUCAAAAAAUUUAUAGUUGAUGAUUUCAAAGCUGAAGCCAAUGGCACUGAUGACACUGAAGCAUUUCAAAAGGCAUGGGAGGAAGCUUGUUCAUCUGAAGCAGGUGCCCUUGUUGUGCCUGAAAGCAGGUAUCGAUUGAAGCCAUUGAGAUUCUCAGGACCUUGCAAAUCCAAUCUUACAGUAGUGCAGAUAUUUGGAACCAUUGAAGCAUCAGAUGAUCGAUCAGACUAUGAUGAAGAUGAAAGACACUGGCUUGUGUUUGAUCGAGUUCAGAAUUUGUUAGUUGAAGGUGAUGGAACUAUUGAUGGAAAUGGCAAUAUAUGGUGGCAAAAUUCAUGCAAAGUCCAUAAAGAACUUCCUUGCAAGGAAGCCCCUACGGCUCUCACUUUCUACAAAUGCCAGAAUUUGGUUGUGGAUAACCUGAAAAUCCAAAAUGCACAGCAAAUGCAUGUUUCUUUUCAAAGUAGCAGUGAUGUUCUAGUCUCCAAUCUUAUGGUAACUUCACCAGAGGAUAGUCCCAACACUGAUGGAAUUCAUGUCACACAUUCUCAAAACAUUCAGAUUAUAAAUUCAUUCAUAGGAACAGGUGAUGAUUGUAUCUCUAUUGUAAGUGGAUCCCAAAAUGUUCAAGCCAUGGACAUAUCCUGUGGACCAGGUCAUGGAAUAAGUAUUGGAAGCUUAGGCUCUGGCAAUUCAGAAGCUCAUGUUUCAGGAGUAACUAUUGAUGGUGCUAAACUUACUGGUACUACCAAUGGUGUUAGGAUUAAAACAUGGCAGGGAGGGUCAGGAUAUGCCAGCAACAUCAUUUUUCAAAAUAUUGAAAUGCACAAUGUGAGCAAUCCCAUUAUAAUAGAUCAGUACUAUUGUGACCACAAAUCAUGCAAAGAAAAGCAGAGAUCUGCAGUUCAAGUGAAAAAUGUGGUGUACAAGAACAUCAAGGGGACUAGUGCUUCUGAGGUGGCUAUCAAAUUUGAUUGUAGCAAGACCUAUCCAUGUCAAGGGAUUUUGUUGGAAGAUGUUAUCCUGGAAAGGGAAGCUGGGAAUCAAACAGCAAAAGCUUUGUGCAACAAUGUUAAUUUAGCUGAACUGGGAGUUGUUUCUCCACACUGUCCCUGACUAUAAUUUAUGCAACAUGUUCCAUCAAAAAAAAAAAAAAAAAAAAUGCAACAUGUAUAUUGUCAUUGAUAUUGUAAUAUUGAUACAGAAUGCCCUUGAUUAUUAUUAUUAUUAUU